AAAUCCCGCCUCCGCCAAUUGCCAGCUGGGUGACUUGGGAGAGUGUAGAUCUUGAACACAUGUGGUAUCAGAGAAAGAAAAGAUCUCAGCUGGGGAAACCUGUUUGCUUGGGAAUUUAUAUACGGAUGAUGGAGAAAAUGAACUCUUUUGAGCUCUUCUGAAAUCGCAAAAGAUGCCUUUCAAAUUUCAGAUGCGGUCCAGUGUUCUGAGUUAUUACUUCUCCAUUCUUGGUUACGUAACGUAAACAGGCAAAAGCAACGACAAUCAAAGAAGCCCUAGCCAAAUGGGAAGAGAAAUCAGGCCAGAAGGCGUCGGAAGCCAAAGAGGUGAAGCUUUAUGCCCAGAUUCCCCCUGUAGAGAAGAUGGAUGCAACCCUGUCCACCCUCGUCAACUGCGAGAAACUGUCACUGUCUACAAACUGCAUCGAAAAAAUUGCCAACCUCAAUGGCUUGAAAAACCUGAGGAUCCUUUCACUAGGACGAAACAACAUCAAAAACCUGAAUGGAUUGGAGGCGGUGGGGGAGACUUUAGAAGAAUUGUGGAUCUCCUAUAACCUGAUCGAGAAACUGAAAGGGAUUCAUGUCAUGAAGAAACUGAAGGUUCUCUACAUGUCUAAUAACAUGGUGAAAGAAUGGGCAGAGUUUGUGAGACUGGCGGAACUGCCGUUGCUAGAGGAUCUGGUGUUUGUGGCCAAUCCGCUGGAGGAAAAAUAUUCCGCGGAGGGGUCUUGGGUUGAAGAAGCAACCAAGCGUGUACCCAAGCUGAAAAAGCUAGAUGGAACACCGGUAAUUAAACAUGAGGAAGAGGGAGAAGGAGAGAACUGAGACCACAUUUCUACUUCGUUUUAAUAACUUAUUUAAAUAUCUUAAGAAUAAUAGAAGAAGCUUUGUAUAAGUGUCGGUUUUAAAGAUUCUAUUUGGAGCAAAAUGAUUUUUAAACGCAAAACAGAGAAAACCCUUUUAUUCCCCACCCCCUCCUUUUCCUAGCCUCAGAAAACGUAACCAAAAAUGACUUUCAGUAUGUUCGGUUUCCUUCUUCAGAAGGGAUGGCUCUUUAGAAGACAUUUUGCUAUGAGAUCUUUAGUCACAAUCAUGUACUGAAUCCCAGACUAACGAAACCUUGUAGCGUAGGUCAUUUUUUCCUAGUUGGUCUAGAGACACAACUUUCAUAUCUCUCUUCAGCUUCAGGUUUUUGUAGUCACUUGUAAUAAAAGAGCAGGCUUUGGUUCUUUGUUCAGUUUAGAUCCUUUUUUUAGGCCAUAUACGUGGCCUAUUUUUUAACUAUACUUGAGAAAUAUUAACCUCAGCCUUUUGCACCUAAAAAGCCUCCUUUCCAAACUGCCGCUUCUUUACGUCUCAGUGCUAUAUAGCGGAAUAGAUUUUGAACUGAAGGGCGUCACCUUUUGGGUUCAGAAAGGCAGCCAACGGGGUCGUUGUGUAAAUGAUCUACUGUCACGAGCAGCGAGCUCAGAAAAUCCAAAUCCAGUUGGAAGUGCCGCAUUGAAAGGAAAGGGUUCAAACCUCGAGGAGGCCCCUUCCCAUUUUAUGUAUCUUAGAACACUAUCGCUGUCGACAUUGGUGCCUGCAAGUUGAAAGUACGGGGCCCAGGACGGUGCUCGGCCCACGGAAAACGCUCGCCGAAUCCAAGCGGUCGAGGGAGAGAUCAAAAGUCUGUUCUGAAUGUUGGAUGUGGCAUUAAUCAAAGCAGAGGACAGUUUGUCUUGUCGAGGGAAGAUGUUCGUUGGCAGGGUAGGGCGAGCGAACCUAGGUAAGGAACGAUUUGGACUCGGUUACUUUCGGGAUAAGCGCUCUUUGGCUUUUCAAGGAGUGCGUUGGUUUCAGAAGCACAAAUUUAGGUAGCCUAAUGAUAGUACGUAAAUGUAAGUGGUGUGAGGGAAGAGAAUGUAAGGAGAAGGGGGCAGCGUUACUUGAUUUUCUGAAGUGCCUGGGCGGAGGUUUUGAGGGUUAUCCCCAAAAGUAGCAAAACGGGUGAUUCGGUUUCAAAAUCCCACCGAGGCGAGUGUUUUUUUGAGGAAGGAGUCGAUGCGGCUUCCCCGGGAACUCUGAGUCGCUGAAGUCGGUGACUAGAUAAGCCUCGACGGGUGGAGGCUGAACCGGUCAGGGAAAGGAGGCCGAGGCCUCCUGCCUAAUUGUGCCUGUUGUCUCUAAAGGAGGGAAAAAAUGAUUCCAUUGUUUUUCCCUGUGGCUCAUUUCAUGCCAGAGGGGAAAAGUCGGGGAGGAGGGUUUAACCGGAAGCAUCCGCCCCUGAGCUCGGGAGUAUCCUUUCCUCCCUGAGACAGGAGCGUUUGAUUUUCCUCGAGACCCUCCCGCUAGAAGAGCAUCCCGGCUCUGACAGUCAGUCCCUAAGUGGAUUGUGUGAAAGAAAAAAAAAUCAAGGCAGGUGCUUUAACUUCUUUUUCGUCAUUCCCUCUGGUGGCACAGCUAACUGCGGGAAUUCCCUUCUGGAAAGCUGCCUGUGUACCAUUGCCUGUGGGCAUUUUCCUCAGUGGGCCAUAAGGUAAGGUCCAUUUAUCGUCCCUGGAUCGGGAGGGAAAACGGCUCUCUCUUUGGCGGUCGGCAUUUUGUCCACGCGGGGAACUUGGUUGGCUUUCGGUUGUAGUCCUCACCAAAGUUUUUAUGGCAGAGAAUGCAGCAGAACAACUUGUUCUAGUCACCCCGUUUAAGAUUAAGAUUCUGGCGCUGGCAUUGGAGUAUAUUUCAUCUUUCCUGGUCUUGGUGUGACUUUGGCGGAAUGGCCCUUCCAGCUCUCUGAGUCUGUGAGCCUACGAUUUAAUUUUCUGAUUGUGUUACUUCUUUGUGGCUGUGCAGUUACGAUGCUAGUCUCAUAGAUUUAGUCACAAAAGCAGGCUCCGGCGUGGUCAAGACAGGGUGUCAACACUGUUUAGACCAUGGAAAUGAAGCUUUCCAUCUACAGGAGGUCCUUCUGGGGCAAGAUUGAAGUACAUCAGCAGAGGCGGUAAAAAGAGCUUUAAAAUCGCUGUUUCUGUUGUGGGCGCUACGAUUUAUUUGUUGCCCUUGAACCCUGCUAUCUUUUUCGGGGGAAACUGCAUAAGAAAGAGGAAUCGGGCUUUCUGAAUGCGCUGAAAUCUCUUGGGCUGGGUUAUCUUAGGGGUUGUUUGCGGAAGGGAGUGUAUCCUAUACACAGAACCUUCCUCCUUGACUGUCCUCAGGUCAAAGUGGAAAGUAGCAGGAACCCAGCUAGGUAAAAUGAGUCGGAAAAUGUGAAAAUGAAAAAGUUGGUCAGAGGGAGAGAAGGUGGUUUUCUAGAAUCUGUUUAUCUCCCUGAAGGUUAAUGGUGUGCUUGUUCCGUGGAGAGUUUGGAAGAAUUUUUUUUUAGCUGAAAAUGCUGAUAAAGGGUCUGGUUUGUGUGUUAUUAUUAUUAUGGUAUUUGUUAAGCGCUUACUCUGUCCCAAGCACUGUUCUAAGCGCUGGGGUAGAUAUAAGGUAAUCAGGUUGUCACAUGGACAGAAGCACACAGACCCAGAAACACAGACAUCAAGAGAAGCAGCGUGGCUCAGUGGAAAGAGCCCGGGCUUUGGAGUCAGAGGUCGUGGGUUCUAAUCCCUGCUCCGCCACCUGUCAGCUGUGUGACUUUUGUGUGUUACCAUAGCAGCCUCUGGUCAGCUUCUCUGUUCGUUAUUUAUGUUGCGGUGUUUAAAAAAAUCCAUAAUAAAUGCAAAACCAGAUUUGAGAGUUCCCAGGAUAGUGCUGAAGACCUGUCAGCUUUGACCCCUCCUUAUCUGUUUUCUGUCCGCCUCCUAACGUGAACAUGUUUAACGUGAUUUUCCAUUUGGAGAUCGCCAAGGGGACAGCUGUCUGGGUCCAACUUGCUUAUCUUGUAUCUACUCCCGUGUGUGAUGCUUAGCAAGCCCUUAACAAAUACUACAGUUAGCAUGUGGAAUUAGGGGAAUAAAGAAAAUCUUUAUCCUUUCCACAACCAGCCCCUAUCUGCAAAUCCACACAGACCUUAUUCACAGCUCAGUGACCGCCAAGGACAAAGCAGGUUGGGUUUUUCUGUCCUUGGAUGGAAAGCGUUAGUCUGUGACUCGCUUUCCCCAUCGACCGUUAUAGAAAAGUCAUACUAGGGAGGUCCUUUUCUGUUCCGCUGGGUUCCGGUUACUCGCCCGAGUGGAAAUGGUCAGAGGGAAAGAGCCACUGUCGUUUCGUUCUAGCGAAAUAUGAGGGGAGAGAGAAGAGAGAGUUUAAGCUAUUUUUUUUCAGAAGAUUUGCACUUUAAAAUUACGCACUGGAUGUUAGUGGAAAGUCUUCCCCAGAUACCGACCAGUGGGUAGCGAUUUAGUCGGCGUUGUUCUGGGGCUCAAGUCCCCCGAGUGGACUUGAGUCUAGGGCUGGGAGUCGGAGGGCCUGGGUUCUAAACCCACCUCCGCCCCCCGUCCGCCGCGUGACC